CCCCGCACUCCUCUCCUCCGGUCCCCGAUCAGUGACUCCCGCCAUCCAUUGCCGGGUUGACUCGCUCGGUGUGUAAACAUCUGCAACCCCAUCAAUUUUUCUCAAUCAUUCAGGGCAACUCGAUCCCAGUCUGGGCUACUCGACUGUUAUCAUGUCGGUUAAGAAAGUUCUGGUCAUUGCGGGGUCGGACAGCUCGGGUGGCGCGGGUCUAGAAGCGGACCAGAGAGUUCUGGCUGCUCACGGCGUCUAUGCACUGACCGCAACCACCGGUCUCACAGCGCAAAACACUCUGGGAGUGCAAGAUAUCUUCAUCAUUCCGCCUGAAUUUGUCAAGAAACAGAUCAAUGCUGGCCUUGAAGACGUCGGUGCGGAUGUAGUCAAAUUGGGAAUGCUCUCCUCCGCGGAGACGAUCAAUGUGAUUGCCGAGGCUUUGGUCACGCAUCAGAUUCCUGCGGUGGUGCUGGAUCCGGUCAUGGUGUCAACAAGUGGAUCGCAACUGCUCCCCGGGGCCGCUGUACAAGUCUUGCGGUCGAAAUUGCUUCCCCUGACCACCAUCCUCACCCCGAACAUCCCAGAAGCUCUGCUACUUCUCAAGGACUCCGGAACUGAUGUUUCCGAGCCUACUGACCUCCCUGGAAUGGUACAGCUGGCCAAGCAGAUCUGUUCCUUGGGCUCAAAGGGAGUCUUACUCAAGGGCGGUCAUCUGCCCCUCACGAAAGAUCAUAAGACUGCGCAAAAUCAGGAGGAUGCGUGCUUAGUCAUUGAUGUACUGUAUGACGGAGAGGAAGUCACCUUAUUCGAGACGGACUUCCUCAUCUCAAAGAACACGCAUGGCACGGGCUGUUCGCUGGCAUCGGCCAUCGCGGCCAAUCUCGCCCUCGGCAAGGGCAUGAAGCGGGCCGUCCAGAGCGCUGUUCGGUUUGUUGAGGCUGGUAUCAAGACCAGCUUUGAUAUGGGCAAGGGAAGUGGGCCGAUCAACCACUUCCACUCGUUGUAUAGCCUGCCGUUUGCACCUGGUCGAUUUGUAGAGUAUGCGCUGGAUCGCCCUGACGUUCAGGAAGCUUGGAAGAAGUUUACAGAGCAUGAGUUCGUCCGGCAGUUGGGCGAUGGCACACUUCCUUUGGAGAGAUUCAAGUCAUAUCUCGUCCAGGAUUAUCUAUACUUGAUUCAAUUCGCACGGAGCAAUGCUUUGGCUGCAUACAAGGCGGGGAGCAUGGAAUCGAUCGCCGCGUCUGCGCAAAUUGUCCUACAUAUUCAACGCGAGACAGCGUUACACCUAGAUUAUUGUGCCUCUUUCGGACUGACCAAAGAGGAAAUGGAGAAGACUCCGGAAACCAUUGCGUGCACUGCGUAUAGUCGGUAUAUUCUCGACGUUGGCCAGUCGGGAGAUUGGCUCGCCCUACAGAUGGCCCUUGCGCCUUGCUUGAUCGGCUACGGAGCUAUCGCACAACGGCUCUACACGGACAAAGAUUCGGUGCGGGAGGGUAACCGGUACUGGAAGUGGGUUGAGAACUAUGUCGCCGAUGACUACACCGAGGCAGUGCGUCUGGGGUCCGAAUUGCUUGAAAAGCAUAUGCGAGAGGUUUCGCCCAGUCGGAUGGAGGAAUUGAUUAAGAUUUUCGUGCGGGCGACGGAGUUGGAGAUCAGAUUCUGGGACAUGGGUCUGGGUGGUGGCGAAUCUUGUUAGCGGUGGGACUAUUCACUCUUUCAGUUUUGGAUAUGACGGACGGACUAUGGUGAAUGUUGCUUUGGAAAUGGAGAGAUCAUUCAAGAUUGUGUAUGACUAGAGUACAUAGAUAAUAACUGGACUACUAAGCAUGACGAUCGACUCGACUAAUGAAUGAUGAGACUCUAUUUAUGAGCAUGUGCA